AUGAGCAACACACCAGUCCAGGAGCAGCCAGCCCCGGCUGCUGAUUCCAGUGGCAGCGGGCAGACGUUACCCUCCCGACCCUUCCAGCCAAUCUCAGAUCCCUCGGCCUCCAAAAGAGUAUGUUUCUACAAGAGCGGUGACUACACAUUCAGCGGGCAUCGCAUGGUCAUCAAUGCCCGCACCUUCAAGACAUUUGACGCUCUCCUGGAUGCUCUGUCAAAGAAAGUGCCUCUGCCAUUUGGAGUUAGGACCAUAACCACGCCUCGUGGCACCCACAUGGUAAAAGCUUUAGAUGAUCUACAUGAUGGGGGAUCAUAUGUGUGUUCUGAUCAGAGACGGGUGAAGCCACUGAACCUUGAGGAAGUAAACCGGCGGCAGGUACCAUGGAAUACCACAAGACCCUUCAGCGUAGCGCGACGAAAGUUUCAAAGACUCCAGUUUGGGAGGAGGAAUGAAGUCACCAGCAGGCCAACAAAGGUUGCUGAGAGGGUGGCAAUACGGACUCCAAAAAGACUUGAGGUCAUCAAGAACAGAGACCCCACUAUUAAACGCACAAUAGUGCUGCAGAGAAGGACAGCACCGACAUUUGAUGCUUUACUGGAUUACCUCUCCCAGAUCCUGCAGUUCCCAGUGCUGAAGCUCUUCUCUACAGAUGGCAGAAGAGUAAGUAUUGGGUAAACUUGAAAGUUAGGAAUGCUUUGUGGAGGUAGCUCCUGGAGAUAACAUAAAUAGGUUUGGCCUUACCUGGUCUGUUGAAAGCUUUUUUAGGUGAACUGUGUGAAACUUUCUAAAUCACAGUUUGCAGUGUUGAAAACUAAACUUAAUAGCUUUCUUGUUGAGUCAAGUGAAAUUAUCACUUUCUUAUGUUUCUGGUUACUAUAAGGCCGAAGCUGGUCGCGUUAAGGAUGGAUACUACUUAUGGACAACAACCUUUGUCAAACGACAAGUAGUUUUCUGAACAAAUAAGAGAGACUGCGCUUGUGAAUUUGAGAAAGAGCCAGGCCAGCUGUCUUGGCUCACUAGUUGCUGGCUCCAGCAAGGGUUGAACAGGUAGUUGUCUCCCCUUUAAUGUCAGCAGGAAUACAAAGUAGUGCAUUACCCACAUCUAUUUCCUCCAAGUCAAAGACAAAUGGAUACCAGACUGGAAAAGUGUCUUCAAAUUGACUUGUGUUAGACACAUAAUGUCCUGGUCAGGGUUAGGUGACUAGACACUCUCACCUUCUCGCAGGCUUGCUUCGCCAGUGUUGUUAAAUCGUUGUUAAAUGUGUGACAUGGGACGUGCCUUAAAGCAAAUUCCUUAGAAAUGUUUAAAAAAAUAGAGGCUUGGCUAACCGCAUGACAAGCAUGUUGUUAAUUGUGGUUUGUUUUGCUAACUCAGUCAUGAUGGGAACUGAUGGUCAAGGAAACACAAAUGUAUUUUAAAAACAGUUUCUCACCUUUAUUCUUUUUAGUAACACAAUGACACUCGACUUGUGUAGACGUAUUUUUCUUUGCACUGUAUCUUUAAGAACCUCUUUUCAGGAGAUGUUGUGACCUUCCAAUUGGCACAAUGCCUUACCAAUCCAUCGCACCUCUGCUGUUGUCCCUGACUUAACUUUCCAUCCAAGGGUACUUAAGGAGAAGUUUGUCUGGGUCACGCAAAUAGGAUAGUCCUCUGGCGAUUAAGGACUUGUAUGUGAACCAUUAGAUCGCUUUUUGGAAUUUGAUAGUUUAUCCCUGGCCUUUAAAUUAGCAGGAGAUAAAACAAUCAGCUUACAUAGUAUUUUCGGUAUUCUCGUUGACUUCAGAGUUGAGAUUCAGUGCAAGAAAAAACAACCACAACCAACUCAAGUACUUUGAUAAGAAAAUUCACCACUGUUUUUAGGAGUGAACUGUGAUAGCAGCAAAAUAAAUACUAAAUACUGAUUUGUGUUUUGGAUUUUUACCCUUCAUAAAAAUAUGCAGAAGGUUAGAUGAUUUCAGCUCUGUUUAAAGUCAGUUUAAAAUAAAUUUAAUGCAUCAACUAACAGUUACGUUUUUAGACUAUUGAAGAGUUAGCUGAAACGGACAUCAUUAUUAAUAUUGUAGGUGCCAAUACUUAUUUUCAUGGGAUUGCCUCAGUAUUGUGAUCUCUGUUUUAAGACAAUAUGUGGUCAAACUAGAUGUGAACUGCACUUUUAUACAUUGUAUAUUACUAUUUGAAAAUAUUUUCAUUAACUAGUAACUUCAGUACUGAGUAAGCAUUUCUGCUCCUCUUGCAGGUUGACGGUCUUGCAGGACUUAUCCUUUGCUCUGGGGUUGUCGUGGCGGCGGGAAACGAGCCAUUCAGAUUAGGGAACUACAAUUUUCACAGAGUGAGCCAGGCGGCACCACCGAUGUACAUGGAUACAGCAGAACCAUCCAUGCUGCAACCCAGAGCUUGUAAGUAUUAG